CGUACAACAACAAAACGAGGUUCUUUACAAAAAAAAAACCCUUUCCCCUAUAUCAAUGUCCUGUGCUUACUUAGGAUAAACACCUCGAUAUGAGCUCACACCGACGUCGAACCCGUUAUCAAUCCUCGUUACGAAACAGACGAGAGAAUUAAUCCCGCUAACCUUGUCAUUUGACCCUGUUAAGAAGUGGGAUAGAGUAAAUAUAAUUAAUCCGGCCAUUAUUUCGCAAUUGCACAACCGGGAGGUAAAAAGGAAGGAGAUGUCCUUUGUCCCCGAUGACAUCUCACGCAAUGAACUCGAGAGCGCUCAACCUGCUUAGGUCCUUAACUAGAACCAAUCAACUCAGAUUCAGAAGAAGCGUGACUUCCCAAGAAAAUGUUAUCCCAGAAGUCCAGGAGAAUUUGCAAAAUGACUACCUGACUGAUAGUUUCGGACGUCGGCACACAUACCUUCGGAUAUCACUCACAGAACGGUGCAAUUUAAGAUGUCAAUAUUGCAUGCCGGAGGAAGGUGUGAAACUGACCAAAAAAUUAAAACUUCUGACAACCGAUGAGAUUCUACGACUCGCUGAACUGUUUGUUAAGCAAGGUGUUACAAAGAUAAGAUUGACUGGGGGAGAGCCUACUGUUCAUAAAGAUUUAAUAACAAUUAUAAGCUCUUUGAAAAGUAUGCCAGGUCUGGAAUCGGUUGCGAUAACGACCAAUGGGCUCACUCUGACCAGGCAGCUUGUCAGCAUGCAGAAAGCAGGGCUUGAUAUCAUCAACAUAAGUCUUGAUACGCUGAAAGAGGAAAAAUAUGAAAAAAUAACAAGACGGAAGGGCUAUCCGAGGGUCAUCGCAGGCAUAGACCUUGCCGUACAGCUCGGCUACUCCCCCGUGAAAGUCAACGUUGUAGCUAUGAGGGGUUUCAACGAUGAUGAAAUACUCGAUUUCGUCGAGUUUACCAAGGAUAGGAACGUCGAUGUCAGAUUUAUUGAAUACAUGCCUUUUACAGGGAACAAGUGGGAUACGGAAAAAAUGGUGCCUUUUAACGAAAUGAAAAAAGUUAUAAAAGAGAAGUACCCUGACUUCGCACCUUUACCUAACAACCCAAACGAUACAUCAAAGGCAUUUCAUGUGCCUGGGUAUAAAGGCCAGUUGGGGUUCAUUACGUCGAUGACACAGCAUUUUUGCGGUUCGUGCAACAGGCUGCGUCUGAUGGCUGAUGGAAGUUUAAAGGUGUGCCUCUUCGGCAACGCAGAAAUAUCUUUAAGGGACGCAAUACGAAGCGGCUGCAGUGAGGAUGACCUGUUGGCCAUGAUCGGCGCUGCUGUCAUGCGAAAAAAGAAACAGCACGCUGGGAUGCUCAAUCUAGCGCAGAUGCCCAACCGGCCGAUGAUUCUGAUCGAUUUAGCGAACAAAGCCAUAUCAAUUUUGCAUAAUAAUUUAAAAUUGGCCCACAUGAUAGGUGUGAGACGAAACAGAUUAAAUUUUUUUGAUUUACAAACGCGCUUUAAGAGCACAUUAACCCAUGUCGACGAGAAAGGGAAAGCCGCCAUGGUUGAUGUCGGCCACAAGUCAAACACAGACAGGACAGCGGUGGCAAGAGGGAUCGUGUAUGUUGGCGGAGAAAUCACCAAUUUGAUCAAGGAGAAUCAAGUCAAAAAGGGCGAUGUGCUAACCAUGGCACAAAUCGCCGGGAUCAUGGGAGCCAAGCAGACUCCCAGGCUUAUACCACUCUGCCAUGACAUACUCCUCAACCACAUCAAUGUUGAGGCACAACUCGACGAAAAAUCUGAAUCUGUGGUUAUAACGUGCACGGUGAAAUGCAAUGGAAAGACUGGCGUUGAGAUGGAAGCCCUCACUGGUGUCGCAGUCGCAGCGCUUACUGUCUACGACAUGUGCAAGGCUGUCACCCACAAAAUGAUCGUGAAAGAAAUCCUGCUUGUAAAGAAGACUGGCGGCUAUAGAGGGGUAUAUGAUAUAGAUGAUGAAGCACUAUAAAACUUUGGCGCAGCGUAAAUCAAUUGUUAAUCAUAUUUUAAUAAAAUAUUGUUUUAAUUUUGAUA